AUGAGCUCCCAUGUCACUUCCCAUCAAAGAAUUCAUACAGGGGAGAAACCCUAUCAGUGUGUGGAAUGUGGAAAGAGCUUCAGUAGCAGUUCCUCUCUCACUAAGCAUCAAAGAAUUCAUACAGGGGGGAAACCCUAUCAGUGCAUUGAAUGUGGAAAGAGCUUCAGUAGCAGCUCCGAUCUCACUAAACAUCAAAGAAUUCAUACAGGGGAGAAACCCUAUCAGUGUGUGGAAUGUGGAAAGAGCUUCAGUCAGAGCUACAAUCUCACUUCCCAUCAAAGAAUUCAUACAGGGGAGAAACCCUAUCAGUGUGUGGAAUGUGGAAAGAGCUUCAGUAUGAGCUUCAAUCUCACUUCACAUCAAAGAAUUCAUACAGGGGAGAAACCCUAUCAGUGUGGGGAAUGUGGAAAGAGCUUCAAUCAAAAGUCCAGUCUCACUUACCAUCAAAGAAUUCAUACAGGGGAGAAUCACGGAAUUGUAGAAUUUUGA